AUGACUGCCUUUGGCCUGCUUGGUAGUGCAAAUGCAGCCACUUUUUGCAGCUCAGGUCGCUGGGUCAACCUCGCCUCCAUUACCACUCCCCGUCAAGAGCAUGGGACCGUCGCCAUCGGUAACUCAACUAUUGCGAUCGUCGGUGGCAUCGCCCCCCAAGGCAAUAGUACCACCGCAGUCACAACCGACCUAGUCCAGCUCUACGACAUCGCUUCCAAUACCUGGCGCACUGUAUCCCCGGCCCCCUUCAGAGUCAACCACCCCAACCUUGCCUCCGUGGCCCCCAAAAAACUCUACCACCUGGGCGGCCAGGAUCUAGACAUCAACUGGAUUGCCUCCAAGGACUGCUACGUUUAUGACGUUGCAACGGAUACUUGGACCCAGAUUGCCUCUAUGCCCAACGGCACAGAAAGGGGCAGUUCCGUCAUCGGUGUUCAUAACGAGAUGAUAUAUCUCGCCGGAGGAAUGACUGUCCUCCAAACUGGAUACCAAGACGCCGUCAACUCCGUUAUCUCAUUCAACACUGCCUCUGGUCUCUGGCAGAGACUUGAGUCCGCUGCGGCUGAAUUGCCAGAAAGCCGCCAGCAUGCUACUGGAGCGGUCAUUGGAGACACUUUCUAUGUUAUCGGUGGACGCCGAUACGGCCAGAUGUAUCAUCGAGACACGGUUUUCGAGCUUGAUCUGCAGAAUAUUGAAGCGGGGUGGAGGACGAGUACUGGCCACAUGCCUACCUCCCGCGGAGGCAUCUUUGGGGGUGCUGUUGAUGGGAAGUUCUAUGUUUUCGGUGGUGAAGGAAAUCGAUAUUCCAUCACCGGUGUUUACAAUCAAACGGAGAUAUUUGAUAUUGCUGCGGAGCGAUGGGUUGAGUUGUUGCCCAUGGCUGUUCCUCGUCAUGGUACUCAAGCCGCAGUGGCUGGAGGAUGUAUCUAUAUCCCUGGUGGCGGCCUCCAGCAGGAUGGCAAGGAGGUCAUAGUGGGUGGAAAGACAACUUACCAUAAUACUACCUCUCACUUUGAUGCUUACUGUCCUUGA